AUCAAGAAGCCCACCACUCGCACUCCUACUCGCAGAAAAAAAAAAGGAGAAACAGCCGCCUCUCAUCCCCAUCUCAGACUCCCGGCGAGCAGCGGCGCGACGGCUUCGUGACCUGCGACGGUCGAUUCGACUUCCUGGAGGCACUGAUCCGCCAGCCGGAGGAGAGUCCAUGCCGCCAGGAGGAGGAGGAGAAGGCGAGCAUGGCUGCACGGCGCAGGAGCACCCUCCGGCGACCGUCCGCGUCGACGAGGACGCUCUGCCCCAUUGUACGCCGCCGCUCCCCGCCAUUGCUCAGGAGAAAAGGCAGAGGCAUCCAGAGGCGAGCCUUCCCGAGGGCCCCCUCGUCGAGAUCCUUGCUCGGGUGCCUUACAGUUCGCUCUGCCGCUUCAGGUGCGUGUCCAAGCCGUGGCUUGCCCUCUGCUCUUCCCGGGACAUCAUCAAGAGGUCGCCACAGACCCUUUCGGGUUUCUUCUACUACGGCAGCAAUGCCCUCCUCAGUUUUCGUAAUUUGUCUGGGAGAGGUCUGCCUCAGGUCGACUCCUCUCUCCCUUUCUUGCGUGAGAGGUACAAAUGCAUUUUCGUCAAAGAAUUCUGCAGCGGCCUUCUACUUUGCAAAUGCUGGGAGUUGUGUUCCAUGCGUGGAGAAAGCCAUUAUGUUGUGUGCAAUCCUGCGACUGAAGAGUGGACGGUGCUGCCUCCUGUAGAAUUUACGGCUCAAGAUCUCAGCCACGCGUUUCACAUUAAGCCAGUCCCAAUGCUUUACUUAGGUUUUGACGCGGCUGUUCCAUCCCGCUUUGUGGUGUUUGCGCCUCUAACCGUUGGUUGCCACGUUUCUGGAAAAAUGGCAAUCUUCUCAUCAGAAACUGGACAGUGGACUUACGUGCAGAGUAAGUGGUCCUCCGGAACUGCUAUAGAUCACGCUUGUAAAAGACGUGUAUUCCUGAAUGGCACUUUGCAUUUGACUACCCUUGAUAAAUCAAUAGUCACGGUUGACAUGGAGGGUAAAGUUUGGAGGGAGAUAAAAAUGCCAGAUGGCUUGCCAACCGCCUCUGAUAUUGUUUCUAUUGGGCAGUCUCAGGGGCGCUUGUAUGUGUGGCAGGUAGAUAAUACUCAUGAUUGCCAGCUCUAUAUUUGGGUUCUUGAGGAUUAUGGUACUGGAAAGUGGGCCCUGAAGCAUACCGUUAAUGUUUUGGAACUGUUCGGAAGGCAUCGUCCUGAAGAUGCUGAUUAUUAUAUGAUGUUUGCAAUUCAUCCAGAUUGUAACGUGGUUUUCCUUACCAACAUGAAGAAGGAAACAACAGUUUCAUACGAUUUGGAUAAGCAGAAAGUGCAUGUUAUCUGCACUGAAUUCAUGUGUGGUCUACCUUAUAUUCCCUGUUUUGCGGAAUUGCCCUCAGCUGGUCAUUGAGAGUCAGUGCAGCACCACAUACUCAUAGUGGCAGAACAUCUUCGUAAAAAUCAGGGGCUGCUAUGGGCCUACUCUUCUAAUUCCAUGCUGUUGCUUAGAUAUGUCCUAAUUUCUAUGUCUGCGGUUUGGUAUUCCUAUGUGUUGGUGUUCUGGUGCAUGCCUUGUGUGGCUUUGAACUAUGUUUAUUAGCCAAGACUGUAAAGUAGUGCUUAGGUGUAUGAAUAAACCUAGUCAUCUAGCCUAUUUGCUAUCAUGUUGUACUAAUUAUUGUGGCCAGCCGUUUGCUUUUGCUCUGGGGUAAUAUAAGACAUUGAGAUAAAUAUAUUCAAUGUGUAGCUUGUUAUCUA